AUGUCUCAAACGCCUACAAAUAAGGGCAGGUUGAGGGAACCUCCUCCGUCCCUAUUUCUGGGGCCACCUUCUCAAAAUGCCUCCAACAUCUCACUGGCAGGGCCCUCCCAAAUGGGCACAAACCUUGCGCAAACCACCAAUGCCAUGACAGUAUCCUCAAAUGGAAGUCGCAUUCCACUCACCCGCCAGCGAUCUAAUUGGCAUGUUCCUCGUGUUAAUGGGGAAGGCCUUAAUGACCCCACGAACAUUUCUACGAUCCCACGUCCCCUGCCCCGCAUGGAAUCCGAGAGCCAGAAACAGGCGGAUAAGACGGAUGCGUUGUGGGCUCAGAUGCAGUCUACGCUGGAGGAGGUUGAGAUUAAUGCGGUCAAUGGCAUGCAAGUGUUUGGUCCAGAGCAUACGAAGGCCUUGGACAGUCUUCGGAUGGCACAGAUUGCAUUGGCACAAGCGUGGGUCAGGAGCGGAGCCGAUGAUGCGGUUGAGACCAUUGACAGGAGCGCUACGUGGUGUCGAGGCUCUUUGUUGCCAGGUGAAGGGAGAGAAGAAACUGAAGGAAAGAGUGCAAGUGGUGUAUCGGGAAGCAUUCCGGUGGAUGUGAAUACGGAUGCGUUGGACGAGGAGACGGACGCAGACACACGCUUGGCCCGCCAAAGGAGAGAAGCCAAUGACGAGUAUUUCCAGCGGGUCAAUGGUGGAGUUCUUGAUGUGGUAGCGAAACUGCAGGUCGUCGCCGAUGCGAUGAAGGCCGUGGAGAAGGAGAGCAGAGAUAUCUGGGAGGACUCAGAGGCAUCGCUCUCAACUGAAUCGAUACCACAAUAA